AUGGCAAAAGCUGAAUGGAACGGUGAAUAUAUUUAUUUUUUUAAUUUCCCUGCAAAUAGUAUUAAAUCAGAAUUUUUCCAAAUUUCUUCUCAUCACACAUUAUGUCCAAAGAAAGGAGAAGCUUCAUAUUACAACAUUGAUGAUAAUGGUAUUUAUUAUUACGAAGACGAAUAA